AAUCAAACUUCAAAGAGAACAGAAGGAAAGUUGGGGAGGGAAAAUGCAGCAUUGCACCUGUAACGCCCUGUACUGAAGGGGCAGGCUAGGUACUCAAGGUGCAAGCCGUCCAUUCCAAUGGCGUUAGCGCGUGCACACAUACGCGUCCACUCCCAAACCGCCAGAUGUGUGACCACCUUCCAGAGGCAGCGGCAGCAUCUGCUCCAAGAACCACUCCAUACUUUGAGCAGCAGAGACCUGCGUGUGCUGACAAGUGGCAGCUCGCCAUUCGUUGGCAUGGCCCAAAGGCCCCAGCUACUGAAAAAAUGCUUGGAAGCCCAGCCUGUCUUUCAGAAGAGAUGUCGAGCGAUGGCGACGAGCGCCUCGAAUGCUGACGUCACCACCGGAUCCAUCAAGCAACUACAGGGAGACCUGCGCUCGGGCGCCAGAUCAGCAGUGGAAGUGGCCAAGGAGUAUCUGGAGCGGGUGGCAAAAACGGAGCCGUCCGUCAGAAGUUUCCUCCAUGUUGCGGAGGAGUCUGCUUUGGAGCAGGCGGCCGCAAUUGAUAGAGCGAUUGAGGGUGGGAAGGCACUGGGGCCGCUAGCAGGGGUCCCCAUCGGUGUCAAGGACAACAUCUGCACAAAGGGCCUCCCCAGCACAGGGGGCUCCCGCAUCCUGGAAAACUUUACCCCCCCCUACGAUGCCACCGCUAUCGCUCGGCUCAAGGCCGCGGGAGCCGUCAUUAUCGGUAAGAUGAACUGCGACGAGUUUGGCAUGGGCAGCAGUACUGAGAAUUCGGGUUACCACAUAACUGCCAACCCCUGGGACUUAACCCGUGUUCCCGGGGGGUCUUCCGGGGGUUCGGCGGCGGGCGUAGCGGCGGGACAGGUGAUGGCAUCGCUGGGGAGCGACACGGGGGGGAGCAUCCGGCAGCCAGCGAGCUUCUGCGGGGUUGUCGGUCUGAAGCCCACAUACGGGCUGGUGUCACGAUAUGGGCUGAUGGCUUAUGCGUCCUCCCUCGACUGCAUCGGGCCGCUUGCGAACAGUGUUGAGGAUGCAGCCAUCGUUUUGGGGGCCAUGGCGGGGCAUGAUGAGGCGGAUUCGACCAGCGAAAAACAGAAAGUUCCCGACUACACCGCCAAUCUCCGCCCGGCCAGCGAGCUCGACAGCCGGCCCCUCGCAGGUGUGCGCUUGGGGCUCAUCUCGGAAACGAUGGGGGAGGGGGUGGAUCCGGGAGUGGUUACCGCAAUCCAAGCUGCCGCGGCGCACUACGAGCAACUCGGGGCCGUUGUUGAGGAGGUGUCGCUCCCGUCUUUCCGGCAAGGGUUGCCCGCCUAUUACGUGCUGGCACCGUCGGAGGCCUCGUCGAACCUCUCACGAUACGACGGAGUCAGGUACGGUCUGCGAGUGGAGGGCGACGAGCUGACGUCAAUGUACGGAAAGACGCGCGACCAGGGGUUCGGCGCGGAGGUCAAGCGGCGGAUCCUGAUGGGCACGUACGCGCUCUCGGCAGGGUACUACGACGCGUUCUACAAGCGAGCGCAGCAGGUCCGAACGCUGAUACAGAGAGACUUCCAGUCCGUCCUGUCAAAGUACGAUGCGCUGCUGUCACCCACGGUGCCCACAACUGCCUACCAAAUAGGAGAGAAAACGGAGGACCCGCUUUCUAUGUACGUGGGGGACAUCAUGACCGUUAACGUUAACCUGGCAGGGCUGCCAGCGCUCGUCGUCCCGUGCGGUCUAGACCAGGGUUUGCCGGUCGGUUUGCAGCUCGUGGGCCCCGCGUUUGGAGAGGCCGAGUUGUUGCGCUUGGGGCACGUGUUUGAGCAGACCAACUCUACCUGGCGGAAUGCCGAUCUCCCAGAGCUGGUUGUAGCUCGAUGAUGACAGAGCGCGUGAGGACAUCCCAAAGAGCUCCUCAAGUCCAAUUUAAAGAAUCGCACCGUAUGCUGGAAUAUAAUUAUCGAAGCAAUACACGGAUUCGCAGUAAACGUAUGUGCGAAUCUGGCCGGCCGAUGCAAAGGGGCGAGGAUGGGAGCCGUUUGCCAAACAUGGCGCGAGUGAACGUCCUUUAUACAAGCGUGCCAGGCCUCUGGAAUGCGUUCGUUGUUGAAUCUCGAGGGCCAGUAAUGCAACCCGGCGGCUUGGCUGCGUAAGGGUCAAAUGUCAGCUAGC